UGGAUAAAAUGCCCAUGGAUCAAAGCGGGCCUGAUCCAACAUGGCGGAAGAAAACUCGAUGGUUACUGUGAAAACAUUCAAAUAGAAAUGGGCCAAGAGCAAAGUUCCACGCAUCCAGGUGCGACACAUAGCCCACAGAAAGUACCUUAUACAAAGAGCUCAGUAGAAAGACCCAGUCCCAAGCCGAAACGAGAAAAAGCAAAACUUGAAGACAUUGUUGUCGUCAGUCAAAAAUCCCAGGAGCUAACAUCACAAACGCUCGAUCCGGACCUCGAAACUCUUAAAUAUAUCCCUCUCGUUCGACCGAUACUAAACGCUUCUGUUCAAGUUACUCCAGCUCGUGAGCUAGAAAGACUUGAGAAGUUUGAUUUGCGACCGGCUUUGAAGCUAUGUUCCCGGUACGAAGACCACCUUAGGCAGUGCUCAGAAGCGGUCGCAUUUGACCAAGACAUGCUAGCAUCCAGGAUCAAAGAGGUGGAUGUUAACUCUACCGCUGUCCUAAGCGCCGUGAAUGACAGACACAGGAAAUUAGUUCACGUCAUAGCGCAUUUAAAGAAAGUCGAAGAGAUGAGUUUUACUUUAAGGAGGAUUGACGCCAGUAUGAAAAAGAUUGUUCCUUUGAUUGACAGACUGAAUAAUAUAUUACCAGAGGAGGAGAGACUGGACCCCUUUAGUUUUGAGCCUGGAGGACUCAGCAUAAACAACUAAAUGCCUAUAAGCUGGGAAGAUACAAGGGGGAGAAGGGUGGUGCAAAAAGGUUGGUUCUCACUAGAAUGCAAGCGCAAACCCAAGAGAAGGCAACCGCUUGAUAUUCUUGGGCUUGUGUUUGUGUUUUCUCAUUUUUAAAGGGCUUGCUCAUGCACUUUCUUCACAGUGAGAACCAACCUUUUAGGUUUUUGCAGGAAAGGGUCAAGCAAAGAGGACUUAUUAUAAACAACUGGAUGUAGGAAAUACAAAAGAUAAAGGUAUUGAGGGUGGAUUAGGGAAGGGUUGAUCUAGUAGGGAAUACUUUUCAAUUAGAUCAAUUGCAUUUUUCAUAAUUUUAUAAUCAUUUAUCAGAAGCCACAUAUAAUAUUGGCCCAAAAGUGUUCAUUUUUUUCAAUGAUCCUUAAAAAAGAACAUAAGUAAAAAACCUUUUUUGCC